GUUGGUUUUUGUCUAUUUUUGUAUUUUGUUGAAUCGCAUUUGGUAAUAGUAAUUACCGCUGACAGCAGCAGCGACCACGAUUAGCUUCGUUUCCAUAGCAACAAUCAAUUGUUCCCACUGAAGAAAAUUAGAGUGAUGUAAAUAAAGAAUCAGAAAUCGAUAAAUAAUUUCAAUUUUUUUCAAAGUGUUUUAUCCAUUAAAAGUAUGACUGAUUUUAGCGUAAAUACAAUACGAGUGAACAAUUCUGGAGGGAGAACUUUACUCGAAAAUUGGGUCGAAGAAGUAAGAUAUUUCUGUUUCUUUGUUUUGUUUUUUGACUGGGUUUUUUGCAUGCAUUUUAAUAGCAAUAUUGUGUAAUAAAAUUUAUUGAUAUCAUAGUUGGACAAUCGUUUAAUUUAGAGGGCUUGCAAACAGUACGAAGAACCGGACAAAAAGCAAUCACAUCGUCACAAGUUUGGGCAUAAGGUACAGUAAAGAAUUGAGUGAAGUUUUAAAACAAUUUGACAAAAAAUUUCAUACUAAUUUACUUGUUUUUUAUUAAGGGUAUUCUGACCACCAACUUUAAUUCACAAGUUGAAAAUUUAUCGACAACGAAAGAUUCCUAUCGUCAACCAUCGGGUAACGGGACUCGGGCAAAAGGAAGGAAAUUGGAACUGUUCGAAAAACAGCUUGUUGAAAAACUGAGGUAUUUGCAGGAAAAUCUUGAAUGAUCCUAUUACCAAAACAUGCCAUGUUCUCACGUCAAAACAUGUGAAGAUGACAUCGUGGAAAUUUGAAAAAUGCUGAGAUGGCUGAUCCCCCUUACGAAUAGGGAUGAGCCGAUAAGGAAAAUUGCCGAUUACUGAGGCCGAUUAUUUAUAAGCCGAUUACUGUAACUAAUCGCCGAUUAAUCGGUACCCACCCAUUAUUUUAAAAAGCAAGCGAAAAAUCACAAGAUGACCAACAAUAAAGUUGUAAAUGCGGUUUUAUUGUUUACAAUACACACUUUGUACAAUUAAAAACAGCUUUAGUCUCGCAUGUCAGUAGUCAAAGUUUAGUUUUGGCAGAUUAUAUGUUGUAAAAACAAGACAUUGUCAGCUAUGCGGAGCUAGUCUAGCUGCUGCGUUUUUUUAGUGGAAAUGUUCCCUGCUUCACUUCGUUUGAGACAAAAGACACAGGUUUUGCAACAAAAUGUGAAAAUCUAUUCGCUUGUAUUCAGUAUUUUAGCAUGUGAUUGGCAGCUGCAGAAAAAGUCUUAUGGCCGAUUAUCAGGCAAUAAUCGGCCUAUUACCGAUUAUUUAGAAAACGGCCGAUUAAUCGGCUUUGCCGAUUAUUUACCGAUUAAUCGGCUCAUCCCUACUUACGAAGGAAGUUCUAUUGUCCAGAGAGAGGGAUCUACUUCUGAUAAUAGAAUAGGAGACUCAAUCGGGCUCUAUUUGCUCGUGCCUACCUGUGACUUCCUUAUAAUGAGAGUAGUUUUGUGUGACAUAUACCAAGUCUGGGCUAUUUUGGUAUCAAUCUUUCCGUCCUUCUCUCAUUAUAAGGAAUUAAGUCACAGGCGGGCGUGGACAAAUAGAUCGAGCCUCAUUCAGGGUCUUCUGUGAUAUAGUAGACAGAUUUAGAUCAAGGACGCGGACGUCAAAGACAAUGUGAAAAUGGUGUGUUGUGCCCAUGUAUGGAUAUGCCACUCCAUUUUGACCCCAUUUUCACGUCGCCUUUGACGUCUGUGUCCUCAAUCCAAAUCUGUCUAGUAAAUGAAUCAGGACACCUGAAGAGGAUAUUGGCAGGUAAUUUCCAAUUUCCCCUGUGGGGGAGCUAGGUGUGGAUGUUUUCUGGAAUGGCCCAUUGUGGUAUAUUAUUUGACUGGCUCAAGAUUCAUGUAUUUAUGUUGUUUUUCAGUGCGGAAGUUCAAGAAGAAUUUCACCCUCCACCGACCCCUCCAGAUUAUAGAUCUGUGACAAAACAAGAUUUCUUUUCUAGAGGUAUAGUCUGUGAUGCAUUUUUCAAAAAAUUUUGUGGUAUAUUAUAUACACUCAGCUAACAUAUAGAAUAUGUUUUAAUGAUGGUAUGUUGUUGCACUACAAUGUAUCCUUAAUGUCUGAAGUUCUGAACUUUAUUAAACUGAUGUUAUCCAUUGUGGUUGCAUGUAUGUUUCAUCAUGAAAGACUAAAUGGUACAAUAAUAAUUGUACCAUAUGACUAGUCUGACUUAAUUCAAACUGCAUGCUUUCAAAAUAAGAAUGCUUGUCUUUUACACCUUUUGCAGAAUUUAUUCCAACAGAACGAAUUCCAGAACAGGUGUGUCUAAAUUGUGAAUAUAAAACAUUAUUAUAUAUGUUUUUAAAUCCUUAUUUGUGAAAAUGAUGAACAAAUUUAACAUCUUAUUAUUUGCAACUUCUAGCCACACGAUGUUGUGAGAGAGCAGCCACUUACAUAUUGGUCAGAAAAGUCCAAUAUUAUUCAUGUAAGUUGAAUGCUUAAAAUUAAGCUCCAAUGCAUCCUAUUAAUUGGCCUACUUUAUUAUUUUAAUUAUUGCGUCUAACACUAGAUGAUUUUACUUGACAAUGUCUUGCUUUAGUAAUUAUGGAUGUUUUCUGAAAUUGUUUGACAUUCAAAACGGACAUUUUGUUGAAAUUAUUUUGCAUGUUAAUAUCUGAUGAAACUGUUUGAAAUUCAUUAAAGUUGUGCCCUUUUUGAACAAUUCAACGUCACAUUUUAUUGAUUUCUAACGCCUUCGCUUCAGUAUUUCGUCCUUGAAUUUGCUAUAAAUACAUGGCCUUGAAUGUCCUUGAAAAGUCCUUGAAUUUGACACUUCCUCACAUGUACGUACAUUUCUUCGCCCAAUUGUUCACUGAGUCAGUUGCAACUUGCAAUUAAACUAUGCUCUGGCUGCUCGCUUUGCUCGUUGGGCUAACCGGCUGCAAAGUACUUUUGGUUACCUGCAAAAAAGUAAAUGUACAAGAAUGUUACGUUCUUAUUUUAUUUUGUCAGGCCUUAAAAUCAGUCGGUCGGUUACGGACAUUGUCCAAGCCAUUCGUGAAAUUGUCCGACGUAGGGAGGAAACCACUGGACAUUCUGUCCGACCUAAGUGAAACUGAGGUUUAUUGUUUGUCCGACCCGAGUGAAUUGGUGUCCGACCUAACUGUAACUUUGUCCAACGUAAAUCAAAAUGUACCCUAGUCCAGGACUACAGGCUUGUAUGUUAAAUGGAGAAUCAGAGUAAUGUAUAAAAAGUGAACCGGAAAUGAUGUUUUAAUGUAAUCAAGCGCGGAGUUGCGACCGAAAAAUGGUGAAGUGGAAAACGGGCUUAAGUUGCCGAAGUCUUACCACUGCUAUUGGCAAACAAGUUAAUCAGUUUGGUUUGGAAAUAAGUAUGAAUGAUACAAAUUAUUUAACCCAUUGGACCGCAAUGCGCCCAAGUGCGUCCUGUACUUAUUUUUGUUACUUGUUUAACGCCAGACGAUUUUACUCGUCAAUGGGGAAGCUCUGCAGCUUAAUGGGUUAAUAACUUCACAACAUUUAGUUCAGAACUAAUACAUUGUGUUGAUAUUAAUAGUUGUGUCAUUCAGACCUAUUUCUGAGACAAACUGAACUGAAGGUCAUCGGACAUCCGCACAUACAUAUAUGUCUGACCAAAACUCAAAAGUCAUCGGACAUUUUGUCAGACGGUCCUGUAAACGAUAUUUUAAGGCCUGUUUGUACUGUUUUACAGGGUGUGAGUCAAGUGCAAACCAAAGAUACUCCAUUCCGAAAGAAUGCUGCGUUCAGCACGCCAGUGGAACAUCAACUGGACGAUUCAAAACCUUACGAGAAAUGGAACUUUGAUGGGGUCUAAAAAUGGAACAUUAACUGUGUUAAAUAUUCAUAAAGCUCUACGGCCCUAGAACUAGGAGGGUACCAUGAGUUAAUAAAUUUGUAAAUACUUUCAUUACUUAUUUUAUUAAAAUGUACAAAUUUAUAUUUGUUUUAUUGGCAAACCAAAAUUUAUGGGCUGGUCAUAUGAACCCGGCUUGGAUGAAUCAUGU